ACCUUGAGGUAGUAGUGGUAUCAAUCUUCUCAAACAAACACGCUCCUAUUUUUUUUCCUUCCUCCAUCGCCAAUACAAAUUCAACCUCUACACAUUCGCUCACUGAAAAAUCCAAGAAAAGAUGAAUCCGAUGAAUCAAAACCCUCCACAGACCUCUCCAUUCCCUCCUGACAAUCAAAACCCUCUCCAAUUCACCAUCUUCGUACGCCAACCUAACCCUGAUCACAGUUGUAACCCUAAUUCAAUCCCAAACCCUAACCCGAACACUGAUUCAAUCUUAAACCCUGUAACUAAUCCAAUGUUGAACAUUAAUUCCAUUAGAAACCCUAAUUCUGGUGAUCUUCUAUCGUUAUCCGUCCCAAGAAAACGAAGACGAGGCAGACCAAGAACUGCGACGUUGCAGCUUCAGCACCAGGUAUAUAGUUUGCAUCCCUUUCCAAACAGUUCAAUCAAUGGCAACUAUGGACACGGAUCAUCAUCAUUACCUUCUUCUUCAGCUCCAAUUAUCAAACCUGUUGUGGAAAUUUCUAAUUUUGUAAACCCUAACUAUGCGAACCCUAGUUCCUUAACUCAAAAUGUGCCUGAUGUAUCUGAUGAGAUUAUUGUGAUUAACAAAGAAUCCACAGCCGAGGCUUUGAUCGCUCUCUCGGCUGGGUUUCCAGCUGAUUCUCUCACUGAUGAGGAAAUAGAUGCUGGGAUUGUUUCUGUAGUUGGUGGGAUUGAACAGGUCAAUUAUAUUCUUAUUAGGAACCACAUUAUUACGAGAUGGCGUGAGAAUGUGUUGAAUUGGGUUACCAAAGAGAUGUUUGUUGAUGUUGUACCUUCUCAUUGUAGUACCCUUUUGGAUUCUACUUAUAGUUAUUUGGUUUCACAUGGGUACAUUAAUUUUGGGGUUGCACCGGCAAUCAAAGAGAAGAUUCCGGCAGAACCUAGCAAGUCAAAUGUGGUUAUCAUCGGGGCAGGGCUUGCAGGUUUGGCUGCUGCACGGCAGUUAAUGGCAUUUGGGUUUAAAGUGACUGUUUUGGAGGGUAGGAAGCGUGCAGGUGGGCGGGUGUAUACAAAGAAAAUGGAGGGAGCGAGUCGUACUGCAGCUGCAGAUUUAGGAGGGAGCGUCUUGACUGGUACGCAUGGGAAUCCACUUGGGAUUUUGGCCCGGCAGUUAUCAUAUUCUCUUCAUAAGGUGAGAGAUAAGUGCCCACUUUAUCGUGUAAAUGGAAAACCUGUUGACCCAGAUAUUGAUUCAAAGGUGGAAACUGCUUUUAACCGGCUUUUGGACAAGGCAAGCAAGCUAAGGCAGUUAAUGGGGGAGGUUUCACAGGAUGUUUCUCUUGGGGCAGCACUGGAGACUUUUUGGCAGGUUUAUGGGGAUGCUGUAAAUGCAGAGGAAAUGAACUUGUUCAAUUGGCAUCUUGCAAAUUUGGAAUAUGCGAAUGCGGGUUUAGUUUCCAAGCUCUCGCUUGCAUUCUGGGACCAAGAUGACCCUUAUGAUAUGGGAGGGGAUCAUUGCUUCCUGCCUGGAGGGAAUGGGAGGCUGGUUCAGGCUUUGGCUGAGAACGUGCCAAUCCUUUAUGAGAAAACUGUUCACACCAUACGUUACGGUAGUGAUGGAGUGCAGGUUGUUUCUGGGAGCCAGGUCUUUGAGGGAGAUAUGGUGCUUUGCACUGUUCCCCUAGGGGUUUUGAAGAGUGGUUCUAUUAAAUUUAUCCCAGAGUUACCCCAAAGGAAGCUUGAUGGGAUAAAGAGAUUGGGAUUCGGGUUGUUAAAUAAGGUUGCAAUGCUUUUUCCUCACGUGUUUUGGGGCACUGAUAUCGAUACGUUUGGUCAUCUAUCUGAUGAUCCGAGCCGUCGAGGGGAGUUCUUUCUGUUUUAUAGCUAUGCAACUGUAGCUGGUGGGCCUCUCUUGCUUGCUUUAGUAGCAGGCGAAGCUGCUCAUAAGUUCGAAAGCAUGCCCCCCACUGAUGCCGUGACCCGGGUUAUUGAGAUUCUUAAGGGUAUAUAUGAACCACAAGGAAUAGAUGUCCCUGAGCCUAUCCAAACUGUUUGUACCAGAUGGGGUAGUGAUCCCUUCAGCUUAGGUUCUUACUCUAAUGUUGCAGUGGGUGCAUCUGGAGAUGACUACGAUAUAUUAGCAGAAAAUGUGGGAGAUGGAAGACUUUUCUUUGCAGGGGAGGCAACUACCAGACGCUAUCCUGCAACUAUGCAUGGAGCUUUUUUAAGUGGGCUGAGAGAAGCUGCAAAUAUGGCUUAUUAUACUAGUGCUAGAGCCAUGAGGAUAAAAGUUGAGAGGAACUUGUCAAAGAAUGCACAUUCUUGUGCAUCCCUUCUGGCAGAUUUAUUCAGGGAGCCUGAUUUGGAAUUUGGUAGCUUUUCUGUCAUUUUUGCUAAGAAAAUUUCUGAUCCCAAGUCAACAGCAAUUUUAAGGGUAACAUUUAGUGGGCCGCGAAAGAAGAGUCAUGAAGGUUCAAGGCCAGAUCAACAGCAUUCUAAUAAAUUACUUUUUCAGCAGCUUCAUUCACAUUUUAAUCAUCAGCAAGAGCUUCAUGUUUACACUUUGCUAUCAAGGCAACAGGCAUUUGAUCUGAGAGAGGUUAGAGGGGGUGAUGAGAUGAGGUUGAAUUACCUUUGUGAAAAGCUUGGAGUGAAGCUGGUUGGGAGGAAAGGUCUGGGGUCUACUGCCGAUUCUGUUAUUGCUUCCAUUAAGGCUGAGAGGGGCAAUCGCAAACCUGCUUCAACUUCUUUGACUCUUAAAUCUGGAGCAUCCAAGCCAAAAUCAUCGACUUUGAAGCGAAAGAUGGUUAGAAUGGCAAAAGUAAUGGGGAGUAGCAAUGGCUCUGCCCUUCCUCUGAAUCUAGAUGCUGGAGCUAAAGCAGUGGGCAGUAGUAUUCCUUCUAUCCUUCCUCUGAAUUCGAACGUGGGGGCUAAAAUUGUGGGCAACAGCAAUGGCUCUACCCCUCUCCUCAAUAAUAAUGCAGGGGCUAAACUACUUGUCAGUAGCAAUACCUCUAAUUCUCCUGCAAAUAUACAAGUGGAUAGUUCACAAGGUUCAGCACUUCAUCCCAUUUUAAAUGUGGUUAAUGAUAAAUCGACUGGGGAAAAUGUAGGACCACAAUCAAGCACAUCUUAGCUCUUUUUUGUCAGAAUACUGUGACAUGAUGAAGUAAUUGGCAUAUAGCAUCUGUUUGAGGGGUGAUAUUCUGCCAGCAUAAUAAUGUCUUUGAUUUUCGUGUCAGCUGCAGAUGAUACUGGUGAUGAAGGGCUUAGUUUUUGCAUAGUUAUGGUUAAGCAGCUGAAGGCGAACUUUCUGUUGAUCACUAGAUGAAAUGAACUAGAAAGCAGAUAAAAAAAAAAUGGGUUUAUGGAAACGUACCAAGAUGUAUGGGAUCUAUGAGCUAGCUUUCAGCUUGCAUGGCAAGUCUCAAAUGGGGAGAUGCUCAUUGAACCAAACUCUCCCCUCGCAUAACGUCUCUUUGCUUUCAGCUUGGAGAUUGGGGAGAAGGGUGGUCUACAAAUCACUAUUUUUGAAUUCAAGAUUGUGUUCUUCAACCUGUUACUUAUUCUCUGUGGGCCCAAUUGGUUAAAACUCAUCUUCUAAAAGGCAAAGUUUCUGGAGUUUGAAGAUCCCUAGUAAUUGUUCGUGGUCCUGCAAAAAGCUUUAAAAGCCUAGAGAGUUGUUUAGAAUGGAUUUCAAAUACAGAAUUGGAGAUUGGAAGAGUGUCUCUCUAAGGCAAACCUCUUGGAUCCCUCAAGGUCCAAUCAUUCCUAGAUACCCUGAGAGCAUAAAUCAAGAUGUUGGGCUGAGCAUAUAAGCUACUGUUGCUGAUAUUAUAUUUCAUAAUCAAUGCAUUGGCCUGAGCAUAUUUCUUCUGAUCUUUUAGAAUUGCAAGGCAGCACAAUAACCAUGAUCAGUUAAUCUGGAUUCAUCGUUAAGUCAGCAUGGGAAAAAGUGAGGCCAAGAAUGUACAAAGCCAGUUGGAGUGAUUUGGUCUGGUUCAGUAUGAAUAUUCAUAAACAUGCUUUCGUUUUAUGGUUGGCUAUUCGAAAUAAACUCGUGACUCAACAAAGAAUGCUAUUAUCUAUGGGAAUCAUUCAUAAUGUAAGCCGUGUGUUCUACACAGAGACGAAUCAGAGGACGGGGAAUCGUGUUUUUUUCAAAUGUCCUACAGAGUUUGUAAUGCUAUAUAUGGAAAUGGUAACCGGAAUGCCUUCAUUGAAUGGAGCUCUUUGAUUCUUAAGAGACAAUUCUCUGAUCUCCAACAUGAACAAGCUGCUUUUGGCUGCUACCAUUUUUUUAUUUUUUUGUGGGGGUGAAGGGAAUAGAAGAUGGUGUAAAAAUGAAUAUAGAGAUGUGAUCUUUGUAAUCCAAGAAUAUGUGAAAUUGUGAGCUUAAAGCUCUCUCUUUCAGAAAUUCGGAAACCACUAUUUCCAAAUUUUGUUGUUUCUCCUUUAAAGCAAGGGGUGUGGGCAUACAAGCUUAUCUAUUUACUUUUUAAAAAGUAGAGUGUCACAUAAACUAAAAAGUGAUGAUGUGGUAUUUUUUUUUUUUUAUACAUAUGUUCCAUGGUGUGGAACCCAAUUAUUUCAUUCUCUA